AUGGCUUCAGCUGCUCUUCGCUCGAGUCGCGGUCUUGGGUCCCUAGUCCAUCGUCUACGACCGGGAAGACGCUGUAUUUCGACCACCACAGCCACAGCACCCGCCGCCCACGAACAAGAUGCCUCGGCACCCUCACUGCAACAGCAUGACACCGUCCUGUCUAGCAGACGACAAGCCCUCAAGCAGGCAAAACCCUUUUCCGAUUUCCUGACGGACAAAUACAAUCGUCAACAUGACUAUCUGCGCAUCAGUGUCACGGAGCGAUGUAAUCUGCGCUGCCUGUACUGCAUGCCCGAAGAGGGUGUACCACUCUCGCCCUCGAGCCAUCUCCUCACCACCCCCGAAAUCGUUUACCUUUCCGAGCUCUUCGUAUCUCAGGGCGUUACAAAAAUCCGCCUGACUGGUGGCGAGCCGACUGUGCGCCCCGAUAUUGUGCCCUUGAUGCAGCAGAUUGGAAGCCUCAAACCCAAAGGUUUGCGCGAGCUUGCCUUGACCACAAACGCCAUUUCAUUGCAUCGGAAGCUGGACAAAAUGGUCGAAGCCGGAUUGACUGGUGUCAAUAUCAGUCUCGAUACUCUAGAUCCUUUCCAGUUCCAGAUCUUAACUCGCCGCAAAGGCUUCGAUGCCGUCAUGAAGAGCAUCGACCGGGUUCUGGAGAUGAACAGCCUGGGCGCUCGAGUCAAGCUAAAGGUCAACUGCGUCGUCAUGCGCGGCAUCAACGAGCGUGAGCUUGUUCCUUUCGUCGAAAUGGGCCGCGAAAAAGACAUCGAAGUACGCUUCAUCGAGUACAUGCCUUUUGGUGGAAACAAGUGGAGCGAGCGGAAAAUGUUGGCCUACCAAGAAAUGCUGGAGAUCAUCCGUGAGAAGUAUCCUGGCCUUCGUAGUGUAAAGGGUCACCUUAACGAUACGAGCAAGACGUACGAGAUUCCGGGCUUCGUAGGAAAGAUUGGCUUCAUCACUAGCAUGACGCAUAACUUCUGUGGCACCUGCAAUCGCUUGCGCAUUACAAGCGAUGGCAGCCUCAAAGUCUGUCUCCAUGGUAACACCGAAGUCUCCCUGAGAGACCUUCUGCGGAAAGACAACGAUAAUCAUCCCAUGGAUGAGCAAGCUUUCGAAGCUGUCAGAGAGAUAGAGAUGAACAGACGUCAGGGCGUGUCUGUAACCGACACAAGACCAAGUUGGAUUGAGCGGGAAACUGCACUACUUAAUCUCAUUGGACAGGCAGUCAAGCGCAAAGAGGAGAAACAUGCUGGCAUGGAAGAACUACAAAACAUGGAAAACCGGCCCAUGAUACUUAUUGGUGGGUAG